AUGGCAGACCCCUCAACAAGCCCGCCCCUAACCCGGGCAUCGGUGCAGGAGGCGCGCGAGCUCAUCCGGCCCUUCGUGCACCAGACGCCCGUGAUGACCAGCUCUUCGCUGUCGGCGCUGGUGUCGGAGAGGAUAACAGGCGGAGGAGGUGGCGGAGGAAAGGGAGGGGAAGGGGGGACGAAGAAGAAGAGGCCGAAGGUGCGGCUCUGGUUCAAGUGCGAGAACUUCCAAAAGGUGGGCGCGUUCAAGGCGCGAGGCGCGUUCCAUGCGAUCGAGAGGCUUAAGAAGGAGCCGGGGUGGUGGGGGGAAGGGGGGAAGUGGGAGAGGGGCGUUGUUACGCAUAGUUCUGGCAACCACGCCCAAGCCCUCGCGCUCGCCGCCCGCGCCAACAACAUACCCGCGCACAUCGUCAUGCCCUCCAUCUCGGCGGCCCCCAAGAUCGCCGCGACCAAGGGCUACGGCGCGCGCGUCGUCUUCAGCGGCAGCACGAGCGUCGAGCGCGAGGCCGUCACCGCGCAGGUCGUGCGGGACACGGGCGCGCGCCUCGUGCCGCCGUACGAUCAUCCGGACAUCAUUCUGGGGCAGGGGACGCUCGGGCUGGAGUUCCAGGAGCAGGUUGAGGGUAUGAUGCGGGAGGGGGGUGCGUAUGGGUUUGGGGGAGGAGGGAGGAAGGGGAAGAAGAAGAGGAAUAAGGGCUUGGAUGUUAUUCUGGCGCCGUGUGGUGGUGGUGGGAUGCUCUCCGGCGUAGCCCUCUCCUGCGCCGACACCGGCAUCCUCGUCUUCGGCACCGAGCCCUCCUUCCAAGGCGCCGACGACGCCAAGCGCGCCUACCAGUCCCCCGAGGGCGCCCGGAUCCCCGCCGUCUCCUCGCUGACCAUCGCCGACGGCCUGCGCACGCCCGUCGGCGCCCACCCGUGGUCCGUCAUCUACGAGCGCCGCCUCGUCGCCGGCUUCUACAGCGUGACCGACGCGCAGAUACGGCGCGCGCUGCGGCUCGUCUACGAGAGGAUGAAGAUCGUCGUGGAGCCGAGCGCGGCCGUGCCGUUGGCGGUCGCGCUGUACGAUGGGGAGUUUGGGGAGUGGUUGGAGAGGGAGGUGGGUGGUGAUGAUGAGGAGGAGGGGGAUGGGGAGGGGGAGGGUUUGGAUGUGGGCAUCGUGUUUAGUGGUGGGAAUGUUAGUUUGGAGGCUUUGGGGAAGUUGUUUGCUGAGGAGGAGGAGGAGGAGGAGGGUUCUUAG